AUGUAUACUCUCUCUCUAUCUAUCUAUCUCUCUAUCUAUCUAUCUAUCUAUCUAUCUAUCUCUCUCUCUCUCUCUCUCUCUCUCUCUCAUAUAUAUACACGCAGGAACUUGUCCGAACAGGCCACCCGCAGAAGCCAUAGAGAGAUCAUUUCUCAUCAUGGCCGCCGGACGUACAUCUCCCGGGCAUGCGCACAUCUAUGGCUGUCCUGCCAAAUGGCAUCUAUUACGUCUAUGACGAGUUGCGCUGACGGAAAGAAAAAGAAGUCAACAAAUCAGUCCCUCAAAUUCAGUUUCUUUCCUAAUAUUUUUCUACUCCUGAAUAAUCUCUCUCUCUCUCUCUCUCUCUCUCUCUCUCUCUCUCUCUCUCUCUCUCCAACGCUCGGAUUUGACCCCAAACCCAUUUCACUACUGGCUCUUUUCACCACUGCCAACUUCCUGUUCUCUUUCGUCAUCGUCUUUUUUUCCUUUUUUUUCUUUCAUGUUCAUCGACAUGUCUGGCUUCUGACACUUUUCUUCAUUUCUUCAAGCUCACUACUUAUCGUUAGUUCAAAGACAGAAGCCACCUUCCGGCCAAAUCGAUAUCAGUGGCCGCAACGUCUUUCAUCUUUCGACCUGAUUUCUCAGAUGGGCGUUGGCUUUAAGAUGAUGUAA